GAAACGUGAAAACAUACACAACAACCAGAAACGUCAAAACAUACACAACAAACAAACAGAACUGCAAAAAUCAAAGUUGGCGGGAAGACUUAACUCAUCUCUGCUUUGAAAGUUAAGUUUAUACUUUUUAAUUAUUGGGUGUAGUUGAGUUAGAAGAUACAAAAAUUCCACAAUGAAAUGCAAAAUUCCUGAAAUAUCCUGGCAUAAUCGGGACCCAGUUCUAAGUGUUGAUAUUCAACCGAAAACUGAAGAAUCUUCAUUAUACCGUUUGGCAUCUGGAGGUACAGAUUCACAUGUUCUAAUUUGGAGCCUUUCUUUGAAUGAAUCUGGCGAAGUGUCGUUGGAAGUUGCCGCUGAUUUAACAAGACACCAAAGAGCUGUCAAUGCUGUAAAGUGGUCUCCAAAUGGAAAACUCUUAGCUUCUGGUGAUGACGAAAGUGUAGUGUUUAUUUGGAAGCAAAAAGACGAAAGUGAGCCCAUGAUGUACAUUUUUGACAAUACCAACGAACAGGACAAGGAAAUUUGGAUAACAAUGAAAGUUCUGCGAGGGCAUAUGGAAGAUAUAUAUGAUUUGAGCUGGUCUCCGAGUUCUCAAUUUCUUGUCAGUGGAUCUGUUGACAACACAGCCAUCAUUUGGGAUGUUCAAAAAGGGAAGUCGGUCUCGAUUCUAAAAGAUCAUAAAGGCUUUGUUCAAGGCGUGGCAUGGGAUCCUAAAAACCAAUAUAUUGCUACUCUGAGCACAGACAGAAUUUUGAGGAUCUUCGACACACAAACUAAAAAGGUGGUUCACAGAAUCAGUAAGUCAGUAUUGCCUGUGCCAAAGGAAAAUGAUUUGCAUGAGAAAAAAGUGCGUUUGUAUCAUGACGAUACGCUGCAAACAUUCUUUCGACGCUUGUGUUUCUCUCCAGAUGGGAAACUAUUAUUUACUCCAGCUGGAGUUGCUGAUUACGACGGAGCUUCGAAUGUCCUUCAUACCACUUAUGUAUACAGUCGGUUCUCCCUUAAGCAACCUUCUUUGGUUCUACCCUCACCUGAUCAGUAUACAGUUGCAGUUAAAUGUUGCCCCAUUUUAUUCAAACUACGCAACAAAGCAGAACCUGGAUCCGCUGUUAUUCCGCUUCCAUAUAGGGUGAUAUUUGCUGUUGCGACAAAGAGUUCUGUGUAUCUCUACGACACUCAGCAGAAAGUCCCGUUUGGUCUAAUUUCCAAUAUACACUAUACUCGCCUCACAGAUAUUGCUUGGUCCAGUGAUGGCAGAAUAAUGAUUGUUUCUAGUACAGAUGGAUUUUGUUCUAUUAUAACUUUUGAUGAUGGUGAAUUAGGAGAGAAAUAUGAAGACUCAAGUAUUCUUCAGCCCCUGGAGGUAACAUGUGAUAAGAAAAAUGGUAAAAACAAACAAAAAGAAAAUGUCAAUGGCAACAAGAAAUUGGAUUCUGAAAACGUGGGUAUGAUAAAUAAAAAGAUAGCAGAAACUUUAGGUUUUCCUGUAGAAAAGAUUUCACAUGAUCUUAUUAUUGACAAAGAUAUCAUAAGUUCAGAAGAAAAAUUUGAAUCCCCUGAGAAAAAGUUGCGGACAGCAACUCCGAUUCUUGUUCGAAGGCAUCCCCGAACGCCAAGUAGUAAUACUACUAAAGAUUCCUCGGACAAUGCACAGUCUAAUAAAUCACAUUUGGAAUUUAGUCCACUUUCAACACAGAAAACAACUUUAGACAAAGGAAGUAGUAAAAAAGCAACACCAAUCGCGUUUCGCCGACAACCCCGUGCGCUCAUUCCAACAGCAGUUGAAAAAACUGCUAUUGUUGAAGAAGCGAUGGAUGCUUGGCCCAUCAAAUUAGACUCGCCUGAAAAUAGUGUCGCAGUCCAACAAUCCUCAAAGUCAUCAAAUAAACUCGAUAAAAUAGAGCAAGUUAAUAGCGAAAACGCCACUUCCACAAUCAAAGAAGUACAAAACCAAGAAGCGUCAAACGAUUGCACAGAAGAUAUUCAUUUGGUAUACGAAGAAUCUGUUGACGAAACUCAAAACCAAAAAGAAGCGUUAACCGAUGGAGUAACUUCAACAAAAUCCUCACUUCUUGAAAAUAAGGAACAAUCUGCAAACUCAGAGGUGGUUGAAAAACCUUGUGGCAUUCAUGGAACUCCGGAGCGGAAAAACACAAGAAGAGUAGAAUUAAAGACUAUUUCUACCCCAAAAUCAAAAAAAAAAUUGUGAUACUUCUUUAUAGAUACAAUUUUUCUUUGCUAGUUGUAUGUUUCUUUAAUAAUACAUUUAUUUUAAAAAUAAAACGAGACAUUUGGAAAACUUAUUCUUUUAAUGUGAAUCUUAUGUUAUGACUGUCAAUAAAACAAUUGUAAAUAAAUCGUUCUAAAUUUUGCUUCAAAACUUAAA